CUUCAAGAGUUGGUCAAAUUAAAUAAAUAUGAAAAUGAUGCAGCAUUAUAUCUGUUAAAAUCAAAAUUGUCGGGAUCUGCUCUUACAUUUUUUCAGAAUUCUCCUGAAUGUAGAGCAGUUACAAAAUUUGAGGAAGCAUGCAAGCUACUCUUAAACUUUUUCCAACAAGAUGAUUCUUCCUCGGCGGAUUUAGCAAAAUUUCAGGCAAUUAUCCUCUUGCCAUCGGAAACAAUCAAAAAUCUUGAGUAUCGCAUAGACACCCUAGCCCAUAAAGCAUACAGCUUUAUCAAUGAUCAAACUGCCUUGUCUAAAAUAAAAGCUAUGCAGUUUUUGUCCGCUAUUCCUUUGCACCUCAAGGAGACCAUUCUCAUUGAGGGGAUACAGGACAAUCGCGAGAUGGUCAAACGGGCUAAUCAUAUUGUGUCAAUUCAACAGUCUUUGGCUGGUUCGACUACUUCGUUAGUCGCUGCUCAUUCAGUAACUCAGUGCACUUCUGCUGCACCUGACCAGCUCACCUUAAUUGCUAAACAGCUAGAGUUUUUGACUACCAAAAUUGAGACGAUGCAAUCUAAUUGCAAAAUUUGUAACGAAGGACAUGAUACAAAAACUUGUCCCCUUUUACGUACACCUGUGCAGGGUCAGGAUCGGGUUAGACAAGAACAACCCCGAACAACCCCACACCUUACCUGUGCUUUCUGUGGACGCUCUGGCCACAUCAUGAGUAAUUGUCGCACGUAUCAAAGGCAAUUCAGACAAAAUUAUAUAAGCCCCAACAUGGCGAUGCAUUAUUUUCCGCCACAGCUCCCCGUGGCUCCUCCCCGAUUUACUGCACCACAGUAUCCACCACCACCUAUUCCGGUUCAAGGUGAACCGUUUCGACCUAGAGUUAAUGCUAAUAAUAACAGGGUAAACAAUCCUUUAAACUCUCGCAGGAG